UGCUGUUAACGUGUAAAGGACCAUGCGAACUCGCACUAGACCAUCUGACUAGUAACCGAACGUUUACUCUGUCAAAUCCCCGAAGUAACUUGUUGAAAACUGGCAUUGAGCGUGGCAGUAAACAUAUUGCUUCCUGGGUCGUGGCUGAACAUAACAGGUCAAAUGAAUAAUUGUAAAUUGUACGGUACCGGUUUCCGUUCGUUCCGCAGUGGCGGGGCUCACAUAAUGGGAAAACUGCAACACUGUCAAAGAUCAUUCCAUUGGAGGAUGCCAUUACGAUCACGUGACGGCAACACUGUAGUUAAUGUAAACAGUCAGCUAGUGUGUUCAUAGCAAGUCAACUUAAUUUAUGCCUUUGUAGCUUCCAUGCUUACUGUAUUUCCGCAAUAUUGCUAAAACAAACUAACACGAUGUAUUAGAUAUACCAGAAGUUUGUAGAUGUCUUACCAAUAUCACUAAGAUUGCGUGAGGUUUAAGAAGAGCUUUACCAAGAAGACCAAGGUUUUUAGCUAGCUGCUGUUCACAGUAGCUAACUAGCUAUAUUCUUGGCUGAUAGCAAACGUUACUAUCAUGGACCAAUACAGUAUUUUGGGUAGAAUUGGGGAAGGAGCCCAUGGCAUUGUUUUCAAAGCAAAAAACAUUGAGACAGGAGAAACUGUGGCUCUGAAGAAAGUAGCUCUGAGAAAACUGGAGGAUGGAAUCCCCAACCAAGCCCUCAGAGAGAUUAAGGCUUUACAGGAGAUUGAAGACAACCAAUAUGUGGUGAAGCUGAAGGACGUGUUUCCUCACGGUACAGGGUUUGUCCUGGUUUUCGAGUACAUGCUCUCUGACCUCUCUGAGGUCAUCAGAAAUUCCCAGAGGCCUCUCACUGAAUCCCAUGUCAAAGGUUACAUGAUGAUGCUGCUUAAAGGAGUCGCCUUCUGCCACGAGAACUCCAUCAUGCACAGAGAUUUGAAACCAGCCAACCUGCUCAUUAGUUCUACAGGUCAUCUGAAGAUAGCAGACUUUGGCCUGGCCAGACUGUUCAACAACGACGGAGAACGUCUCUACAGCCACCAGGUGGCCACCAGGGCGGUGGGCUGUAUUUUCGGGGAGCUUCUGAACAACUCCCCUCUGUUCCCUGGAGAGAAUGACAUAGAGCAGUUGUGCUGUGUGCUGCGUGUCCUGGGCACCCCCAACCAGCGCACGUGGCCGGAGAUUACAGAGCUGCCUGAUUACAACAAAAUAAAGUUUAAGGAGAACCCAGCAAUCCCUCUUGAGGAAAUUGUCCCUGACACCUCUCCUCAGGCUGUCAACCUCCUUAAGAAGUUCCUGGUCUACCCUUCUAAACAGAGGAUCAGUGCUAAACAGGCCCUGCUCCAUCCAUACUUCUUCUCUGACCCGCUGCCUGCCCAUCACUCUGAGCUGCCCAUACCCCAGCGAGGGGCCCGACACUCCCGGCAGAGGGUCCAGCCUCCAGUGGAGUUCUCAGUGGACCUGCCACUCUCAGAGAGCCUGGUGGACCCUGCCCUGUUGCGCAGACACGCUUCCGCUCUCUGACCGCUAUUCUAGCAGUGAUCUUAGCCUGGGUGCCACAUCUGUUGAUGAUGAUUUGUCCGUUACAUUUGCUCAGUUGGUUCUGGGAGUGGAUACAUGGUCAACACAGGACUUAUCCGACAGAUCUCAUAGGAUGAACUGCAUAGAAACAGUAUGAAUGGAAGGGAAUGAAUAAGGAUUUUCAUAUUCAUUUAAUGUUAUCCGAGAGGGGUAGCCCAGGUGGGUAGCUUUAGACAGCUGGCCCCAGGCCAUGGUGAAUGUUUGAGUAUUGAUAUUUAUAUCAUUUUAUGUGAAUAAUGGAUGCUUUGAUGCAACAGCUCCUUUAAUAAAUGUGGUCUUUUCUCUA